AUGUCAUCUACUCAACGUCGUUGUGCUGCUUGCCAUAUGCUUGGACAUAGCAGAAGUACUCAUAAGCAAUGUCUCAUGAACCCAAAGAACAUUUCUCUCCACAUUCCUCAAAAGAGAACUAAUGUAGAUGAAUAUCCUGCAGAAAGUAGCCAAACUGCUGCCUUGAGAAUAAGAAGUGAGCCUGUCCAAGACCAAAAUUUGGACAUAGAAACAUCGACUUUUAUUUCAGUUUCUGAGUUGACUGAAUUUCCACUCGCAAAUGAGACUAUUACUGAAGUUCUUGAAGCAGUCAUGGAAGAAGAGAUUGAGGAGACUUCAUCCGAUGAAGAAGUGACUGGAAGAGAAGAAGAAGUCGAGGAGAUUUCAACUGUGAAUAGAGGAUCAAUUUUACCCCAUUGUCCUCACUGUAACGGAACUGAUCAUCACCGAAUUACAAGCAGAUUUUGUCCAAACAAUAACAGUAGCAGAGCAAGAGGAUCUAGAAAUCGAGGCAGAGGCUUGAAUAAUAUUGCCCGACUUCCAGCUAUUUCAGAACCAGCAGUUGAUAACAGGGGAGAUAUGGAUAUCGAGUGUCGAUUUUGUGGGGCAAUGAUGUGGGCACAUGAAAAAAACAGUCGUUCUUCUUUAAGAAGCCCCACGUUCUCUAUGUGUUGUAACAAAGGAAAGCAUGUUCUCCCCCAAAUUGAGCCAACACCUACAGGAAUUGCUAAGCUUUUGAACUAUAGAACACGUGAUGGAAAGAAGUUUCUUGAAAACAUUCGAAGCUAUAAUAGUACAAUGAGCUUUACUUCUUUGGGAGCUAAAAUUGAUACCUCUGUUAGCAACAAUAUCAAUGGGGCAUACAACUUCCAGAUUCACGGAACAAUUUGUCAUAGAAUUGGAUCUAUUUUGCCAGUGACAGAAUCUGAUAUCGCUCACCCAAAAUUUGCUCAGUGCUGCUCAGAUAGAUCAAAGACAGUACCAUUCCCCACAAUUGGAGAGAAGUGUUUUGGAGAAGAUUCAGUCCAUUCUUAUGGAAACAAAUCCAUUCCUGAGGGGCCUCGGGAUCAAAGACGGUACAAUGCUCCAACUGCAAGUGAAAUAGCAGUUCUUAUUAUGAAUAAUGAAGAGGGUACUUCAAGAGACAUUGUGCUGCACACCAGAGCCAACUUCCAACAGAACAUCAAUGAGUACCACCGAUCUUAUGAUGCUUUACACUAUGUGCUACUCUUUCCACAUGGUGAAGAUGGUUGGACCGUUGAUGCCAGCUCAUUGUCAGGAGAGCAUGUCACAGUAAUGCAAUGGUACUCAAACCGUUUGAUGUAUCGACGCAACACACAGCACCUCCUCCAUCUUUUUGGCCGUCUCUUUCAACAAUAUAUUGUUGAUAUGUAUGCCAAAGUUGAGCACGAUCGGCUGCACUUCAUCACCAGCAAUCAAAAUCGUCUCCGUGUAGAUCUUUAUAGUGGAAUUCAGGAUGCUGUUAUCCAUAACGAUUGUAAUCUUGCAAAUCUUGGAAAGAGAGUUAUUCUUCCAUCUUCUUUUAUUGGUAGCCCCCGGUAUAUGGCUCAACUUUAUCAAGAUUCAAUGAGUAUUGUGCGUCGUUUUGGCAAGCCUGAUUUGUUCAUAACUUUCACUUGCAAUUCAAAGUGGCCAGAAAUCACAAAUUCCCUGUUGGCUGGGCAAAAAGCUAA